AUGAUUUUUUCAUUUAUCUGUAUUUUUAGUUUUUUUAUAAAUUGUGUAGAUACGUCUAAUGGUACAUACAUUAUUAAAGUAAAAAUACAUUUAGAUGAGCAGACAUUGCUAAAAAUAUACCUUUUAGAAAAAGCAAAGUCUUUAAAAUCUACAAUUGGAAAGAGAGAACAUGUUAGAAACUAUUUAAACAGAAUUUUUAAUGAAUUUAAUACCGACAUUGCAAAGUACAAUGUGCAGAUAGUAGGGGACUUCAAUGUGUUAUUAAUUGAAGAACUAGAUUUAGGCAUUGAUAAAAAAGGGCUUUGUAGUAAUGAACUUAUAGCUAGUGUAAUGACCGCACGUUCAUAUUAUAAAUUAUCUUGGCCUGUGACUGAUGGUAUGGGUCUAACAAUACUGGGUGUGUCGUGCUUAACAUUUCCGCCCAAUCAAAUACCAUUCCACCUAAUGCCAAGUUUUGGGUGUGGAAAACUGGCCACGAUAUUCGUAAUCGAUCCUUUUACACUAAAAAUUCAAUUAAAAUUAAUACUAAAAAGUCUGAUUACGAAUGGGGUUGGUUUAUUAGCACCUACAUCUUCUCGGAUAUUUAAAACUGCUCUUUUAAAAUACGCUAAACUAUGUACAGUAAAGAACAACUUGAUUGGUAAGUUUAAUAGUGAAGUAAGUUAUGUUGAACAUACUACAGAACAAAAGAUUGAAAUUAAAGAAAAUAAAGAAUUUUAA